AUGAUGGUGAAGUUUGACGAGUUCAAGAGCGGCAACCUGUGGAUCUGGGUCGAGUCGCACAACGCCAUCGCGGAGCGCGAGCAGCCGCUGCUCGACGAGGUCUUCAAAGCGUGGUUCGUGCUCGGGAAGCUCGGCGGUUUCAACAGCGAGAACGCACAAGUCCAGUCCAACUUUUUCGAGGUGUCCAACAUGAAGUACGACAUGGACCUCGCCAACGGCGACGGCGACGGCGACGUCAACCGAUGCGUCUUUCACGCGUUGGGAGAGCCGGAGUACCGCGGAAAGUGGGCGCGGUGCUGGGUCGACAUGGGCAGCGCGGACGAGAUGGGCAUGGACGUGCUCAUCAACUCGCUCAUCACGUUCAGUAAGGAGUAUUUCGGCCUCAAGACGCUCGUCAUCGGUGGCACGAACAUCGUGGACGACUGGCCGGUGGAGGAG